AUGACAGCAGCGCCCGCCGCCAGCAACAGCGACACAACGCACCGCAGCUCGAUAGACCCCGCAGACGCUGCCCCGCGAUCAACGCUGGACAAGGACGAGCGACGACAGCCUCUGCCCGCGACCACCCCCACACGCCGACCUGAGGUCGAGGAGCUGUCCCCAGUAACUCGCCCAGCUCCCCCGCCCGCGCCGUCGACGAUCGUCUCAGCCAUCCCAGCACCGGCCAUGAUCACGGCCGAUCCAAUCGCCGCGGCCGACGUCAUGGGAGCCUUGGACGACCACGCCAACGACCACGCCAACGACCACGCCAACGACCACGCCAACGACCACGCCAACGACCACGCCAACGACCACGCCAACGACCACGCCAACGACCACCCCGACCACCACCCCGACGACUACCCCGACGACCGCUCGAGCAGCCUCAGCGAGCUCGGCGACGCGUCCGACGUCGAGUCCGAGCAGCUCACGCCGCGGCCUGCUGCAACGGCCGACCUCGAUGAGAACGACUCCGAGGCCGAGACAGAGCGGCUGGAAGAGACACCGCGACGCGCCACGCGCACUGUGCUGCACACGUCAUUGGCUUCUGAAGCCCUGUACGCGCGAACACCGAGCAAGCUGAUGCACUCCAAGACGAUGGAGCACGAAGACGACGACGACUCCGUCCCACCCACGCCCUCCGACAUGGCCGAAGACGACGACGAAGUCAUGGAAGACGCAGACGAAAACCAGGACCCGUUGCAUGCCCUGUCCCUAGCGGCUGCUUCAGAGGCCGCGAGCCUGGAGCUGGCAGGCAAGAAGCGAAAGCGCAUGAGCGCUCGAGGCACACCCAUCGAUGGCGCCGACGGCGAACCCGCACGGAAGCGCAGUGCCUCUGCAAAGGCCACGGCAUACAACGGCACAGCACAAGACAUCGUGGAGAGCUCCGAGCGAGUCGACGCUGACGAGGAGCUCGAUCACGCCGAGGAACGCUUGGAGGAACUUGCGAGGCAAGAGAUGGAUCUCGAGGAAAGGCAGGCUACGCUUGCAGCGGAGACGGUCAGCGAGCUGGCUACGGUCGCGAAGCACGCAAAACCUCGCAAGGGUGGCAGAAGAGGGAAGCGAAAAGCAGAGGACUCGACGUACGCCUAUACAGAAGCACUCGUGACUACCGAGACUGUCGACGGCGAUGCCGAGGCUGACGACAACGAAGAAGACAUCACCAAGAAGAAGAACGCCAUUGAUGAGCUUGCAAAGAUUGAGAAAAAGUUCAAGCUCUUUCGCGAGAAGCUUUGCGACGAGCAGAUUGUACAAAACGAACGGGAGCUCGAAAUGCUCAAGCAGCCCGACUGUACCCAUCCCGAGUAUGUUGCGAUGAUCAAGUGCAUUGACGACCGGAGGGCCGAAAAGAUCGAUUACGAGAGAACCCUCCUAGAGUUGAAGCAUCAGAACCUGGAAAUCAUAACAGCAGCGCAGAGGCAUCAGAUGCACAGCCAGUACUUCCAAGAGGUCAGGCAUCUGCGAGAGGAGAUCCUGGAAGAGUGUAAUCGGCGCGUCUUUGAGCUACAGCGUGGUAGGCGAUCGCUGGGCUGCGACGAGACCGAAUACAUGAUCAAGCUUCCAGAGAAGCGAUCGGAUCAGAUCAGACACCAGACGGCAUACAACCUGGAGGUCUCGGUCUUGUCCGGUGUGGCCAAAUACGUUGGCUUCCCAGCCGCGCCAGACAUCAGCGCUGCACGACCUACCGAGAUCGACGAGGAUCUUCGAGCAAUGAAGAUCGCAACCCGCCCCACGCUACCAGCGCCGCCUCCAUCAUUCCGCACAUACAAUCAGAGGACCACAGCAGACGAGGUAGCUGCAGAAAGCGAGUUCCUCGAGAGCACACCAUGGGCGAAUCCAAGACAUCCCUCGCACCAGGAGACCCGCUCACAGCAAGAGUCUCGUUUUGCACCAGGACCAUCACGCGUACCAAGCUAUCAAACACCGGCAGGGCAGCGCCGUGUUGUCGAUCUCAACGCCCCCAACGGCUCUGCAUCUACGAUUGAAGCCAACUCAAACCCUCCCUCAUCCAAUGCGCACAACACGAAUGGCCGGAUAGGCGAGUCAGAGUCACCGGUCAUGCAGAUGAAGCGACCACCCACAGAAUACGCAGCGUACGUUGAUACACCAGGCCCACAUGCACGCAACAUGGGCGUGUUAGGUAGAGACACGUAUGGAAUCAUGUCGAGCCCGGCCGCCCACCACGCUGAACCUCAGCUGCAUGAGCCCUCAACACAACGCUGGGGUGUCACUUCGGGUUCACCAGCCAUGCCUCCGGGUCCACCCGGCCCAAGAGCACCCUUGACGCAGCGCAGCAGCCUAGGCAUGAGUGUAGGCGGCGGCAUAUUUGGACGGUGA